CUAGACAUGGCACCUGGAAUGCGUCUUCGUUACGUGAAGGAACUGCUUGCAAGUGAAAGAUAGCUGUAGCCUACGUUACCUAAAAUUAGCUUUAACAGCGUUAUGCAAGAUGCUAAACAUUGUGCUGGAUUAGUAGAGUAUUUAGUUGACAUUAGUCAGUAUUAACUAAUCUAAUAUUGCAAAUAAGGAUAUGUAUUUGCUGAAAGGCCAAAUGUGCAACAGUGUGACGAUAAGUCGAUAUGAGCCCUAUGAUGCUCGAGCUAGCUAGCUCUUGACGGCUGGCUAACGUUAAUGUUAUGACAGGGAUGCUCAAUGAAUUCAUGCUGUAGAUUAGCCCCUCCGUAUGCUAUAUUGUUAGUAAUAUUGGCAGCUGUAGUAACGUUGACGUUAGCUGUUAAGGUGACAAUUGACGUUAAUGAAAGUUGAGGAUGCCGAGGUUGGUUCAUCUUAUUAGACGCAAUGGGCCCUUUGCGAAAGACUAGCCUGCAGCAAAAGCACGAGGUAAGUUCUCUUGAAUUGAAAUGAUGUUGGUUGAGAGCUUGGUCAAUGUCAACUGCACGGAAUGACUCUUGACAGUGAUUAGUUGGCUGCAAUGCACAAAGCAGUGAGUGCAUAGCACAUACGAUACGACUGUCACGUGUUUUUGGCUGUCAAAAUGAGCUUUGUAUAGGUCGGGAAUACCUUUUCAGUUAGAUGGAUAGUCGCCACUUCAGAACCCAGCAAACGGCAGAUUUCUGCGCCACGGUGAACAACAUUACCAUAAUCAUUGCGAUCAACCACGCAUUUUGAAGGCAAAUAUGAUUUUCCAUCAAGACCCAAAAUAGACGAUGCAUUUUCAACCAACCAGAUUCUUGGAGAAAAGCACACGUGCCUCCCACUUCUGGAUGUAACCAAUCAGUUUAGCAAACAGUUGUUGGGUUCCGGUUUCAACAAAAUUAGACAACUAAAACGCAUGCUGUCCCUCCUGGAUGUUGAUAUUGAGAUUUUAAAAGCCGUGAACGCUUGAAGCCACAGUUUGUCAACACUUAGAGAGCUCCGGUAUCAACAGCCAUGCCAGCUUCCAGCCAAAAUGCCCUGUUUGGGAUGGGAAACCCUCUGCUGGACAUUUCUGCGGUGGUGGACAAGGACUUCUUGGACAAGUACGGACUGAAGCCCAAUGACCAGAUCCUGGCAGAGGACAAACACAAAGAACUGUUUGAUGAGAUUGCCAAGAAGAGCAAAGUGGAGUACCAUGCCGGAGGCUCAACGCAGAACUCUGUCAAAAUUGCCCAGUGGAUGAUCCAGGAGCCCCACAAAGUGGCCACGUUCUUUGGCUGCAUCGGCACGGACCGCUUCGGUGAGAUCCUCAAGCAGAAGGCCGCGGAGGCCCACGUGGACGCGCAGUACUACGAGCAGAGCCAGGAGCCCACCGGCACAUGUGCUGCCUGCAUCACAGGAGAGAACAGGUCCCUGGUUGCUAAUCUGGCCGCGGCGAACUGCUACAGCAAAGAGAAGCACCUGGACCUGGACGCCAACUGGGGCCUGGUGGAGAAGGCCCGCGUCUUCUACAUUGCAGGCUUUUUCUUGACCGUGUCGCCAGCCUCCAUUCUGAAGGUGGCCAAGCACGCAUCAGAGAACAACAAGGUGUUUGGCCUGAACCUGUCAGCGCCGUUCAUCAGUCAGUUCUUCAAGGAGCAACUCAUGAGCGUCAUGCCCUACGUGGACGUUUUAUUCGGCAAUGAAACGCUCUCUCUCUCUCUCUCUCUCUCUUUCUCUUUCUCUCUCUCUCUAUCACUUCUUCGCCUCUUCUUCAUUUCUGUUCUCCCAGGUGAUAAUGUGACGAAUUUCCCAGUGCUAGACAUUGAUCAGAAUGACAUUGUGGACACUAACGGGGCUGGAGAUGCUUUUGUUGGAGGUUUCCUGUCGGAACUGGUCCUGGAGAAGCCCCUGGAGCAGUGCAUCCGGGCCGGCCACUACGCCGCCAACGUCAUCAUCCGGCGUGCGGGGUGCACCUUCCCAGACAAGCCCGACUUCCAAUAACCUCCACAACCUCACGCCUCUUCCUCCUCCUCUUCAUCUUCCUCUUCCCCUAAACACUGUGUAUUUCCAUAUCCUCUGCCUCUCUCUCUUUUUUGAUCUCUGCCUGUCCACGCAUUCACUAUAAAGUGCACUAUUAAAAACCAUAUAGUAGUUAUUCACUAUAUUGUGCACUGCAUGACGCUAUGUGCACUCUAAAGUAAACAACUAAUGAGGUUGCUAUUCACUUUAAAGUGCACUAUGUAGUGAGUGAGUGGAUAUUCUGAACAUAGACUCUUUUUGUUUUGUAUUUUUUCAGCCUCUGUAAUGUUGCCUGCAUCUCAGACUCUUAAUGUGCCUCUAUGUUUUUGUUUACACUUUCUAUUCCUUGGCAGGGCUCCACAGAUAUAGCAAAUGUGUAUGUCUGAUGCAUCACACUAAAAUUAAUUCCUCCGUGUGUGAGAAGCAGCCUGAACUUGAACUGUAGCUGUCCAAAACAGCAUCACAGUAGUCUUUUUUUUUUUACACACAAAUAGCAAUCUCCUUUGUAUUUAAUACUGAAAUGAAAGAAAAUAUGUAAAGAAAAUCCAGUAUUUGGAAUGCAAACAUAGAAUAGCAGUCAAAUGUAAGUGUAAUUGAGGUCAUAGAUUUCAUAUUUCAGGCUAAGGAACAAGAAUAGACAUAUUUGGCAAUUAUUGUUGUGAAGCUCAGGUUGUAUCUGUAAACACACAAUCCAAUAUGUAAAAGAAAAGGUACACGCUUGUUGUUUGUUGAAGGUCAAGAUCUGUCUGUAUACUCUAUAACACGGCCAAGCGUCAACGUAAUGCAAUCAGACAAGACAAAUAAAUAGAAGAA